CCGCCUCGCCGGCAUGUCCUGGGCGCUGGUCCUCGGCCUCCUGGCCGCGCUGCUGCUCCUGCUGCUGCUCAGCCGCCGGCGCUCGCGGCGACCAGGCGAGCCUCCCCUGGACCUGGGCACUAUCCCUUGGCUGGGCCAUGCCUUGGAGUUUGGAAGAGAUGCUGCCAGCUUCCUCACUAGGAUGAAAGAGAAGCAUGGGGACAUUUUUACUGUGCUGGUGGGGGGCAGGUAUGUCACUGUCCUCCUGGACCCACAUUCCUAUGACGCCGUGGUGUGGGAGCCACGCACCAAGCUGGACUUCCACGCCUACGCCGUCUUCCUCAUGGAGCGGAUCUUCGACGUGCAGCUUCCACAUUACAACCCUAGUGAUGAGAAGGCCAAGAUGAAACCGACUCUCCUCCACAGAGACCUCCAGGCGCUGACGGAAGCCAUGUAUACCAACCUCUGCACUGUCCUGCUGGGUGACACCACAGAGGCGGGCAGUGGCUGGCAAGAGAUGGGUCUCCUGGAUUUCUCCUACAGCUUCCUGCUCAGAGCUGGCUACCUGACCCUGUACGGAGUCGAGGCCCUGCCACGCACCCCCCAGAGCCAGGCCCAGGACCGCGUGCAUUCGGCCGACGUCUUCCACACCUUCCGCCAGCUCGACCUGCUGCUCCCCAAGCUGGCGCGCGGCUCCCUGUCUGUGGGAGAUAAGGACCAUGUGUGCAGGGCCAAGGGUCGCCUGUGGAAGCUGCUGGCCCCGGCCAGGCUGGCCACCCGGGCGCACAGGAGCAGCUGGCUGGACAGCUACCUGCUGCACCUGGAGGAGAUGGGCGCGUCGGAGGAGAUGCAGGCUCGGGCGCUGGUGCUACAGCUCUGGGCCACGCAGGGGAACAUGGGCCCUGCUGCCUUCUGGCUCCUGCUCUUCCUGCUCAAGACUCCUGAGGCCCUGGCUGCUGUCCGUGGAGAGGUGGAGCAUUUCCUGUUGCAGCAGGAGCAGCCUGCCUCGCAGAUGAGUGCCCUCCCGCAGAAGGUCUUGGACAGCAUGCCCGUGCUUGACAGCGUGCUGAGCGAGACCCUCAGGCUCACGGCCGUGCCCUUCAUCACCCGAGAGGUCGUGGUGGACCUGGCCAUGCCCAUGGCUGACGGGCGGGAGUUCACCCUGCGACGGGGCGACCGCCUCCUCCUCUUUCCCUUCCUGAGUCCCCAGAAGGAUCCGGAAAUCUAUACGGACCCAGAGGUAUUUAAAUACAACCGAUUCCUGAACCCCGAUGGAUCAGAGAAGAAAGACUUUUACAAGGACGGGAAGAGACUGAAGAAUUACAGCUUGCCUUGGGGUGCAGGCCACAACCAGUGCCUGGGCCGGGGCUACGCCAUCAGCAGCAUCAAACAAUUUGUGUUGCUGGUGCUGACGCACUUGGACCUGGAGCUGACCCACCCAGAUGCGGAGGUCCCUGAGUUUGACCUCAGCAGGUACGGCUUCGGGCUGAUGCAGCCGGAACAUGACGUGACCAUCCGCUACCGCCUUCGCUAAGGCCGAUGGGAAGGCCAGGCCCACUCCAGCCAGCCUGACGCCCCGCAGCUCUAGGCUCAGUGUCCGCAUUUGGCCUGGGGGCAGAGCUUUAACACCCUUGGUGCCGGCCUCACUGCUUCCCUGCUUUUUUUCCUGCAAGGCUGAGUCAGGAGGCUGUGGGGGGGAGAGGAGGUAGGGGGGUGAAGAGAAAGUGAACAAAGAAAAGACACCAGACGCUCUGUGGACUGGCCACCGCAAGGAUUUAUGCCCAAAGUGAGGCUUCUUCUGCUUCCAGCUCACCUCAGUCUUCUCACCUUAUGAAACCCACAAAAUCUAGGCAGACAUGGCAGGAUAAGAGCCCUCGCUCCUGUGCCCCAGCUCCGGAGAGGCUCCUUCCAGGUCCUUCAUGGUGGGCUCCAGGCCAGAACCAGCUGGCGCAGAUGCUGUACCCCAGAAAGGCCCAUCCCACCUGGCAGCAUGUCCCUUGAAAUAAGCUCUGCUUCCGAAUUAUUAAGCAAAGACGCCCCAUCUCAUCUGGCCUUCUGGAUGCCCCUUUCGCGGGCACCUCCCUCAGCCUCAUUCUCACUGAUGCUUGAGAAAAUGCAGGUGGGAUUUCCCGGGGCUGGUGCAUCUGCCGUGCAGACACCAGCUUCCUCCCGACGCUGGGCUGGGAGCGGGAGGGUUCUCUGUUCGAGUUAGGCGCACCAGAGAGUGGAUUUCCCCAGGGCUGAGACUUAAGCAGAGACCAGCCUGACGGGACCGGUCAUGUUAGGAAGCACCAGGACGGCUUGCACUGGUCAAGCGAAGGAAGGAGGAGGCGUUGGUUUCCUGUUUUCUAGCUCAGAAGCUCUAGCUGCGGGCACGUCCAGCCUGCAGCCCUGCUUUUGUCGGCAUACACUUUAAAAAAAUUAGUUGUUAUAUCCUCUUUAAGAGAGUUAGUUCAAAAUGUCCAGCUUCUCUUGAGCAUUUGCAAAACCUAGUGCCAGGGGCAGCCAUUGGCGAGAGCUGAGAAGCGCUGCCUCCAUUCCGUGGACAGGUGCCCCGACCCCUGGGCCUCCGCUGGGCUGCUCCCCUAUGCACAGUACCCUCUGGGCCCUGAAGCCAUUUGACUUUGAGAGCCUCGUUGUAACUCUUAGAUGUGCUAUUGUGGAAGGUGGGGGGACCCUGCUGAUGGGUCCUCAGACCGGUGGUCUGUCCCUUUCCGGGUGCACCACCUUUGAACACGCAGACUAAUGGUGAAAACAUGUCUUGGCAUCUCGCUUUAGAAAAAGAAACCAGCUCAGAGAGAAAUUGCGUUGAAACCUUUAUUGUGACGGGAAGCGCUGGUUUUGAUGUUAGAGCCCAUCAAUGGAGGACCCACUACAGGCCGUGACAGGCACAGCGGACGUAGUAUUUCUACUUCUCACAGCAUCUCUGUAAAGAGAGGAUGACUGUGUCCUCACUGUAGAGAAGAAAUGGGCCCAGAGGGGUAAAGCAACUUGCCCGAGGUUGGCACAGCUGCCGAGAUGGUAGAACUGGCCGCACGCUAACACCACAGUGCUUGGGCUCAGGGGCUGGGAGUGGAGAGGCAGUUCUGUUUGGCUUCGGAGAGCUGACAGAGCUAGAGGCACCCAUGGGUGGGUGAUCUCAUGAGACGCAGGCACACACAUCGCUAGGUCCUUGUAGCUUAGGCUGGAGGGAGAAGAGAGAAGAUCUCUGAAUGUUCCAGGGACUAGUCUCUUCUCAGAGCAGCAGGAGGGCUUAGGGGCUUCCCUGGGCCUCAGCCUCCAGGCACCCCCAGGAUUCCCAGACAGACUGUGAUUGGCAGGAGGCGGGAUAUCCCCAGGGAAACCCAUCUUCACGCCUGGGUGACCCCCGCUGCUGCCUGCUUCUUAACUCUGCGGGAAAUCAGGGCUGGCAGCCUCCAUUGGGAGGAUGGAGCCGGUUUCCAUGGCAACCCUCUGCUGCCUCAUCCUGGCUCCGAAGGGAAGGGGGAAGGCUGCAGAUAUAGCUGCAGGAAGAUCGCUGGUCAUGGCUGCCUCCCUGGUGUGCUGCGGGGAGCCCUCGGGAUGUCCCCUUCCUAGUCAGGGCUCCUGGGCCACGAGAUUAGAGUCUCACCUCCAUUCACAGAAGUGCCAAUUCCUUUUUAAGGCGGCCCCUUAUGGUCAUUAGGAAGAGACGAUUCUUCCACCAGGCAACUUGGGCUGGGACUGGAGAUAUUGAAGUACAGCUUCGGAGACCAUGAUUACCCACCCCCCCACCCCUUGUUUUCACCUUUAUUACUUUUCUUUCUUCUUUGAAGCAAUAUAAGCUAUGGAGAAAAGUGGGGGCCAAGGGAGUGAACUCCUACUACAGGUUAGUUGGGGAGGCACCCGUGCCAUUGUAUUCAUGCCUUCCUUUAGCAUCACAAAAUUGCAGGACUUACCUUAGAAGCGCUCUUAGUUUGCCCUGCAGACGUGUUCCCUCACCAUCCCUUAUAUUUGGGGGGUUCUAUUUUGUAGUGUUGUUUACCAGGCAUUUUCCUUUAAACAGACUCGUUUUUUCAACGUAAAUUUGUUUAGAAAGAGAACUUUUUUUUGCUGCCAGUAACUGACAACAUGUAUCACUCGCUGCCAAAAAUAGAAAGUAGCUGUGAAAACGAAAUCCGCUGGGGAGGGGCCUCCAGGCUGUCAUCUCGGUGACAAAAUGCAACAGGCCAGCGUUCAGUGGCGUUUAAGCCAGGCGGGUACCACCCAGGGUGUCCUGGCUGACUGUCCCCGGUGAGAGGGAGAGAGAGGGAGUGAGAUGCUCUCCCCGGGGUCCACUGGGCCCCACGCCUGGCUCUGGAACUGCCAGGCCAUCUCCUCCCACCUGCUCUGCCUGCGGGUUGGGAACCAGACUCUGAGAGUUGAAGUGUCUUGUUCAAAGUCAUCGAUUUUGCUUUUGUUUUCAAUAAAGACGGUGUUUUGUGAGUAGCAGCAAUUGUUAUGCCUCUCUCUUUUAUCAAAGAGUUUUAUUUUCAUAUAAUAUUAACAAGUGGAAAUGUGCGAAAUAUAUUAAACCAUCUUGUUUGUGGAAC